AUGAUGCAAGUUCCUUUGAGAAUGCAGCUCAUGCAGAUUCCAACUCAAGGUGUCGGCACUGUGACUGUUCCUUACUCAAUGAAUGCUAACGGUGAGAUUGCGUUCAGUGGAAUGCAAUUUGGCCUUCAAGGAUUCAGUGGUGCUCAAGUGCGCCAAAAAUUCAAUGCAACUCAAGCUCAAACUCCGCAGGUCAUGAAGUCUGGCUAUUACGAUAUGUCAAAUGUCUUCCACAAUGCUAUCAAGGGAAAGGAUGAGAAUGGCAAUGAUGUCUAUCUUAUUCCAUGUCCUGCUGGUAUGACAAAUGUUGAACUUCAAACCAAGUGGCACUAUGCUAGUGAAAAUGAAGAUUUGCCUGAUCUUGCUACUGAAGCAGAUCGAGGUCUGCAGUUUAUCCAAAGCCACAGAAAGGAAAGAGAUCCAUUUGGGUUGUACAAUCAUGUCAUCAUGGACAGUGGUUGCACAAACACCACCAUUUGUAAAAUCAUCCAUCAUCUACUCACAGCUGCUUCAGACCCCUGUAAAUACACCCCAAUAGCAAUAUCAAUCACCGUCUAUCAUGUCCAACAGUAG